GUUUAUAUACAUACUUUAUACGUGCGUUGACACCAUAGUGUAAACUCGAGAAUUCUUUAUUUAUCAACCAAUAGGCUUUGUCAACGUUGUCGCAGCUGUUUGUAACACGGCUUCGUAAUCAGUAAAGCGGAAUCUAACCUGACAUAACCUCUUAAUAUUUGCGGAGGCACGUUCAGUAUGUCAGUGAACCGAGUUAAGACUAAUGCUGAACGCGUAAUUUUAAGCUUCGGGGAUCUGUCGCAUUUUUUAGCAGUUGACACUUGCAGACGUGAGAUUUAUUUUUGCAUCGUUAUGACGUUGAUGAGUCCGUAAUAGUAAGCGGUUGAUCGCUCGUUCGUAAAAUAAGAUUGUCAUAUUUAUGUAACAUUCGAACGAUCGCAAAAUGAGUGAGAAUGAGUCGAUGUACGGGACAACGUUGUCUCAAGAAUCCAUUAAAGUCAUAGCGGAGAGCAUCGGCGUCGGCAAUUUCCCGGAUGAGGCUGCGAAGGAACUUGCGGAGGAUGUCAGUUACAGAUUGAAGGAAAUUAUUCAGGAUGCUGCAAAAUUCAUGAGACAUGGAAAACGUCAACGAAUGAACACUCAUGACAUAGAUCAUGCGCUAAAGAUCAAGAACAUUGAGCCGACGUAUGGAUUCUUUGCUAAGGAUCACACGCCAUUCCGCUUUGCAUCAGGCGGUGGUAGGGAGUUGCAUUUCGUGGAGGAGAAGGAAAUCGAUCUUAACGAAGUUGUGUCCAUGGCCGGUGGACAAACGUAUCCCAAGCUACCUCUAGAAAUUGUACUGAGGGCCCAUUGGCUGUGUAUCGAUGGGGUUCAACCCACCAUACCAGAAAAUCCACCGCCAGUGUCGCAAGAUGCUCAGAAACUGGAGAGCGUGGAUCCGACGUCGAAGCUCAGCAAUAAGAAUCAGAAUAUCGGCGUCGGCAUUCCGGGUGGUGGCGGCAAGAGUCAGAAGCUACGGAACGUGGAGACCGUCCACGUGAAGCAGCUCGCGACGCACGAGCUCAGCGUGGAACAGCAGCUGUAUUACAAGGAGAUAACUGAAGCAUGCGUUGGCUCUGACGAAGCACGCAGGGCUGAGGCACUUCAAUCGCUCUCGGCGGACCCGGGUUUGCACGAGAUGCUGGCGCGUAUGUGCACCUUCAUCGCGGAGGGCGUGCGGGUCAACGUAGUGCAGAAGAAUUUGGCUCUGCUGAUCUAUCUCAUGCGGAUGGUUAAAGCUAUGCUCGACAAUCCGAGUCUCUACCUGGAGAAAUAUCUCCACGAGUUAAUACCAUCAGUUGCAACGUGCAUAGUAUCUCGAUCUUUGUGCGUAAGACCUGAAAUAGAUAAUCACUGGGCAUUACGAGACUUUGCUGCUCGACUCUUGGUGCAGAUAUGCAAAAAUUUCAACACUACCACGAACAACGUGCAAACCAGGGUCACGCGUAUGUUCAGUCUAGCAUUGGCGAAGAACAACCAGACGCCGCUAAUGUCGCUGUACGGAGCCAUCGAGGGCCUCUGCGAAUUCGGUCCAGAAGUAAUCAAGGCUUUAGUAAUCCCGAAGAUUAAAUUAAUAUCCGAGCGGAUUGAAUCGUGCAUCGAGGGCCAGGGACUACCCAGUGUGGACAAAAAUGCAGCCGGACAUAUUAAAACUCUACUUGUGAAAUCGGUCGCGCCAGUUUUGAAAACGACACGGUCACCGCCGGAUUACGUGGAGGAAUAUAGACAAGAUUACGGAUAUAUAGGCCCGGCAUUGUGCGCCGCGGUCGCGAAAGCUCGCACGCAACCGACUGUACUAGCAACCACUGCAGCGACGACCACGGCACUGACCACGAAUCAGCAACAAGGCUCUAAUUGCACGGGGAAGACGCUUGUGCAAGCAGUGAGUUCGACUCCGGGACAGCAAACGACCGGUCGCACGAUUAUGCUUGGCGCAAGCAGGACUGCUGGCGGAGCUGCCACUACCGGCGGGCAGAAAUUCGUUAUUUUACAAUCACGCUCGCAGACAUCCACCGCCACCAAUAUAAAUACCAACAUAAGCACCGGCACGAUCCAGCAGCAGCAACAGUCACAGCAACAGCAGUCACAGCAGCAGCCACAGCAGCAGCAAGUUAAAUUGGCGCAAGCGACUAUCGGCCAGCAGAAAGCACACGUACAGACUUCUGCGCCGAAACUGGUCGUCGUAUGCAUGCCCACCAGCAGUCACACCAAUUCAUCGGUGACGCAGCAAGCGAAUCUCACAACAAAAACACAAAAUGUCUUCGUUACCACUCAACAGUCUGUCGAACGAUCGCUCAGUCCUGAGGAAGAGCACUCAUUUCAGUAAGACUACAAUUGACAAAAUGAAAACAGAACUUCCAAAUCCUUCCGUUUAAGUUAAUUUUUUAGAGUAAACACUAUUAGGCCCAAUUCUACCAACGUCGCUUAAUUUUAACCGUAGUUUAACUCACUCUUUGUCUCUUUCUAAGGGCCAGUUCCACAAACUGCUAACCAGAAAUUAAUCGAUUCUCUGUCUCUUCUUAGAUAAUAAUGUAGAAAAAGAUAGGUAAUCUAAAUCUCUGGUUACCGAUGUUUGUGGAACUUGCCCUAAGGCAGGUAGUUAGAAAGAGACGAAGAGUGAGUUAAACUACGGUUAAAAUUAAGCGACAUUGGUGGAAUCGGGCAUAAGAUAACAUAAGAGGAAGUAUUUCUAAGUAAAAAAUAAAUUUUAUAAUUCGAACAAGAAAUUGAUAUUCUUUCUUUAAUAUAUGAUGAAUAUUUCAUAAUCUAUUUUAUUUGCUUAAUUCGUGAAUUUCUUUUGUUAAGUUAUAUUCUAUAUAUAUAUCUGUUCAAUACCUUCAUAUCUUUAUGCAAUUGUCAUUACAUUAUUGUAAGAAACACAGAUCCGAUAUUUUUAUUCAGUAAUUUUACUAAAUUACUAUGAAAUAAAUUUUAAAUAGAAUUAAAGAAAUUUUAUUUUAUUACAACUACAAUUACAGAUUUUAUAUUGUAUGUUGUGCAUUGUCUAACGAAAUACACGUCAAUUAU